CCACGGCAGCGAAUGACGAUGACGGCAGCACGUGUGGCGGACGAGCGCGAGCGCCGCCCAGAUCUGUCGAUGGGAUCUACAGCGCCCCAGACUCCCAGCCAGCUCGAGGGCGUCCGCGCGCGAGCCCGUUGUUUCUCAUCGCGACGCACAGCGUCCUCACGCUCAUUGCCAACCCCCACGGCCCGCAAGCAAGCAUGGACUACGACCGCCGCUCCGCCGUCUCCUCCUUCUACGGCGCACGCAAGUCCACCGACGCCCUCGAUGCGUCCACCUCGUCGCCCUCGCUCGACCCGCCCCGCCGCCCGCGCGCCGACUCCGCCGCGGCGUCCUCGUUCUACGGGCCCAACCGCAUGUCGCGCGCGGACACGGACUACAUGACCGGCACGCCGAACGCGGGGUACAACCGCUCGUCGUUCUUCCAUACGGGCAGGGAGGAGCCCGUGAAGGGCGGGACGGACGAGGCGAGGAGCAUGCUGCCGAGGCCCGCGGACGACACGUUCGAUAUCUAUGCGGACUUCAACAACGCAGGGCCGAGAUACUCGACUGCUUUCGGGCAGGACACUGGCUAUCGCCAGGUGCCCUCGCCGGUACCGCGGAGUCCGGCUAUGCUCAAGGAGGACGAGCCUUUCACACCAAGGGAUGUCGAGCUCGUGACGGUCCCAGCUCUUGGCCCGGAAUGGAAGAAGUCUGAGAUGCGGGAGAUGAGAUCCUCGGCCAAGAGGGAGGACAAGGUCGAGUCGUUCAGGGACUGCUUCCACGCAUGGAACCGCAAUGAGCGAGGGUGCUGCGGGCCGUACUUCACCAGGCGGACGACAACAUACGUUGUCUUCGCACUCUGCAUAGCCGUCGGCAUCAUCCUCGCCUUCACCAUUCCCCGCGUGCCCGACGUGUUCUUCACCUCCGCUAACCCGCUCAAGAACGCCACGGCGCCCUUCAGCGAGUCCGUGCCGACGAUCUUCUCGCGCUCGCCCGCGAACUUCAGCUUCCCCGCCGACAUCAGCCUCGAGUUCAACACCGGCUCGAACUUCCUGCCCGUCCACAUCACCAAGAUGGAGGCGACCGUGUCAGAUCUGACGACGGGCCGGCAGGUUGCCACGGGUAGUAUGGGCUCGACAUCACUCCCUGCGAAGGCGUACCCCAUCAUCGCUAUGCCGCUGAACUUCACGUAUGUCGCGAACAACGAUUCGGAUAUCACAUGGGCGGAUUUCUACAAUGGCUGCAGAAAUCCGGCGUUGAACGCGAAUGGCACGCGACCAGCACUGCAAUUCAACCUCGGCCUCGACAUGUACAUCUUCGGCCUCAUCGGCAAGCGCAGCACGGCAUUAACGGUUACUCAAGGCGAAUGCCCUAUCACCCUCCCGCAAAACUCUGUCUAACAUCUAGUCCGGUCCUGAGCUCAAAGCUUCAGGCUUCGAGCACCGCCCGGCGAUGACGAGUGAUCCGUCGCGCAAUCGGCGCAUAUGAGCACAGUGACAUUCAUUUUUGACACGGACUGGUAUCUGAUAGUGGACUAUAUUGGACCUAUAAUCUCCUCCUUCGCGGUUCCUAGUGUAUUGAUUGGUUGCUGACGACUCUCUCAUCAUCCUAUAUGCGCGAGUAGUUUGGUCGCGAGUUAAUUCACGACGUUUAUGCCACUGCA